AUGAACUCCUACCGAGAUCCGGCCAAACUUGGCCUUGGAACCAAGUUCGUAUUGAAGGCCUCAGCCGAUGUCGCAGUCAAGGAGACCAAUAGUGGUCUGAAGCGAUCCUCUAGCGGCGAAGGAUCGGGCAGUAAUAAGAAAAAGAAAAAGGCUUUCAGUACACCAGCAGCCAGCGAGGAAGAGCCAAAAGGCAAGGCCACCGUACCGAUUGGUUGGGUUGUCAUCAUUUCAGGCGGAUUGGAUGAAGAUGGUGAACCGCACGACACUAUUGCACCGAAGAUCGAGCGCCUUUUGUUGCGAGAGCCGGAGAAGCUUGCGGUCUCCCGAAACAGUGAGGGAUCGAUGCUUUCUUUCCGUGUCGGAUGGGAUGAGUCAGAUGUGGAUGACUGGCUUCGCGGGCUGUUCCCUGAAGUGUUCCGUUUCCUUGACAAGUCCAACACAGCGGGUGCCGAACGCCCUUGGACGCUUUUGCUCAAAACUGGCACGAAACUGAUGAAGUACCCCCGAGUGGCAAACGGCGAUGCACUGGAUACAUGCAAGGGUGGUAAGGGCCGGAAGAACAAAGAGCGCGUCAUUCAUAUUGCGACAAACGUUGAGAUUCCGUCUGAUCUUUACACACAAGGUUGGAAGGAGGAUGCAGACCUGAGUCCCGAUGACUGUAGCCACUUCAAUCUCAUUCAUCACCAGCCUCCAGUCGCCCCGGAGGGGCAGAAAGAUGAAGACGUUGUUAUAGGUAACGGCACGACGAAAGACAAGGGAAAGGCCAAGGAGAUUUGCACGACUACAUCGCCUGGGGGUGCGAUGAAGAUGGAUGUUGGCGCCAACGAUGCGGGUGAACAGUCUCGGGAUGCUGUGAAGACAGGACGACUCGGCGUAGGGAUGGACAUCAAGGACAUCAAAGGAUCUACUAGACGUGUGCACUCGCCAAUAUCCAUUGACUCGGACUCCGAUUCUGCAUCAGCAUAUGAGCCGACUACACCCGUCGCUUGCCGUCUGCGACCGCGUCAAGAGGCUCCUUUGCCACCGCUCUUUCAUGUUUCCCCGUCGCCGCCACCUCCCUCCGCUCUCCUGGCUUCCAUAUCAUCGCGUGCAUCAGCAGCUAGUGACGCUAGCGCUGCCACGACAAGCCAGGCCACCGCGGGUGGAGCCCCAUCGACAUGGCUGGAUCCCUCAUUCGAUGUUGACUUACCAAGGGCAGUUGGGACUCAUCCAAGACAUGACCCUUAUUUACAGCUUUCAGACGAUCUUCAGCCGGGAGAGGAGGAUGAGGAGAGCCCAUGGGCGGAUGACUACAAGAUAUAGACUAUCAUAUUGCACUUGCAUACUAGUAUGAUGGCUCCCGGAUUCUCCGGAUACAAUACUAGGUUAUAAAGUAUAAUAUGUUAUGUCUAGUUAUACAUGUAUACACACCUAUCAAAUUG